CUACUUUUUAUUAUCCGUGACUAUAUAAACAGGGUUGGUGCUGUCCGAAAGAACUCUUCUGACACAAUUCACGUCAUGUAUCCCAACGCCAAGCUCUUCGUCGCCCCUACGGCAAUCGUGAUUUUAACUUUGUGCGUCUUAAGCACGAACCAAACUCUGUUUUCUCGGAAGAAACCCUCAAUAUCUCCGAUUGCCGAUAGCGCUUACCAGUCAACGGGGGCUAUUCCAGAAAAAGAAACAUCACAUUGGUGGCAAAUAAAACGUAAACCAGAACCUAUCGAAGCUUCUGCAGCUUCUGCCGGGACAAAUCAAGUGACUGUAGCUGUACCUUUCACGAGCAUUCACCAAAAGUUGCAAUCGAUUUUGGAAUCUAAUAAAAACUCUAACGUGAAAUGGGUACCGUGCUUAUGUCCGAUACGUAAGAACGAACAACAACAACAGCAACAGCAGCAGCACCAUCAUCACCAUCAACAACAACAGCAGCAUUAUCAGCAGAACCAGCAGCAUCAACAGCAACAGCAGCAGCAGCAGCAGCAGCAACCGGAACAGCAGCAACAACAGCAUUCGUUAUAUUAUCAGCAAGAAACUAUUAAAGAUCCGCCCGGUGUCAUCAGUAGUGCACCGCGUUUGAUCUUUACCAAUUAUCAAAUUGAGAAAUGAACAAAAUAUGUUUUUUUUUUAUUUAUUUUUUUGGUAUUGUAAUCUUUUUCAUUUAAUUUAUUGUAAUUAAAACAUUAAAUUAUUUAUUUAUUCUUCAUCGAACGACGGUUGGUUUUAAAUCAUGAAGGUUAUUCGCACUACCCACGUAUCAUAAAACUAUCUGUAAAAUCAUCAUUAUGUUGGAAACGAUAUGUUAUCCCAAAAGGAAAAUUUGUAAACAAUUGUUCGUUCAGCAAGUGUUUAUAAAUAUUUAUUUUGAUAGAACAA